ACGACCUACUUGAUAACAAUAUCUCGGAACAGAUUAGUAUAUACAGACAACACGCGUAUAUAUAAGCUCCUCUCAAGCGAAAAUAGUGCGAAUAGCCUUUCUAAUUUUCGUAAUAUAGCCACAACUCCUGAAAUGUUCCUAAUUUUGACUGUAGCUUUGCUGGUGGCUCCCGCCUUGGCGUCAUGGAACAGGGGUGACUGCGGCGUCCAGCAGAUCCAGCCAGUCCUGGACCCCGAAGAUAGGGUAGUCGGCGGCGCGAAAGCAGUGCCUGGCAGCUGGCCUUGGCAUGCCCAGCUCCGUGUGUACCGGGACUACUGCAGCGGCGUCUUGAUAAGCGACCGACACGUACUCACGGCUGCCCACUGUGCCGAGCACCUGAGGCCACGCACCCUCCGUGUCCACCUAGGUGCUCACCUCCGAUCAGCUCCGGUCAAAGGCCAGGUCUUUUUACACGUCAAAGAAAUCUGCGUGCACCCUGGAUACGAUGGGAAAUCAGCAACGUACAUGGUGCCCGACAUCGCGAUCAUCGAAUUGGUCGAGAAAGUGAACAUGACUACGACCAUUCAGCCGGCCUGUCUGCCAAAGAGCGGAGAAGACUUGCCAGAGGGAUCCAAGUUGUAUGCCACGGGCUGGGGCGACGUCGAAGGCAUGGGAAGAGUAAGGUCCGAAGAACUUAAGCAGACCAUGAUCGAGUCAAUCCCAAUUGAUAGCUGCAUAAAGAGGUGGGGAAUGGCGUCUCACCCAGAUGUCUUUUGCGCAGCCCAUGACCACGGAUCUAUUUGUGACGGUGACAGUGGUGGUCCCGCAGUGCACAAGGCAGACGGCAAGUGGACCGUGCACGGGAUCGUCAGCACGGGUCCACGUCCGUGCAACUGGUCAAUCUCGCCGCAGGGCUUCGUCAAAGUGUCGGCUUACAUCAAAGAUUUCAUCGAACCUUACAUGGAUCCGAGUAACGGACCCGAAGAACGUCGGAAGCUGUGUCAAUAUUUUAGUUGACGACCCAUUUUCUUCGUACUAUUUGACUCUUCGUCAAAUAGUACUCCCCAGUGAAGAGUUCUGAAUAAAACAGAGUUGCGCCGGAAUAGGCGGGAAAAGAUAAA